ACGCCACAACCACCCAACCCCCUUAAACCCCAAAUUAAAACCUCCUCCUUGGGAUACAUUAUAAUGGCUGAAACGCCGCCGUCUCCCCCUGUUCUGCAGCCUCCUCCGGUGCUCUUGUCCGAUUCCGCCGCUAAAGACGUCAUGAUCACGUGGUUUCGCGGCGAGUUCGCUGCUGCCAACGCCAUCAUCGAUGCACUCUGCGGACACCUUAUGCAGGGCUCCCGCGGAUCUCCCGAAUACGAGGCUGUGAUGGCAGCCCUUCAUCGCCGGAGGCUCAACUGGAUCCCAGUGCUCCAAAUGCAGAAGUACCACUCCAUCUCUCAAGUCACCCUCCAGCUACAGUUAGCUACGGACAAGAAAUGCUUUCAUCACAAAGCAGCAGCCAUCCACGACGAUGAUGAUUCUCCUUCUAGCGAUAUCACUGAUUCCGGAUCUCGGGAAGAAGAGCACGUAGACGAAACGAUCUCAUCAAUAUGUUGGAAUCACGACGAAGAAUGUGAAUCACGGGCUUCACUCCUCAAGCAGUCUAAGCGUUUUUCGGCCAAGGAGCAUGUUAGAGGACAUACGGCCAAUGUUGUGAAAGGGCUCAAACUAUACGAAGAUGUCUUCACUGGAACUCAACUCUCCAAGCUUCUGGAUUCUCUGAACCAGCUCCGAGAGGCUGGUCGUAAUCACCAGCUUUCAGGGGAGACAUUUGUUCUGUUCAACCAGAACACAAAAGGCACUAAAAGGGAGCUUCUUCAGCUUGGGGUUCCAAUAUUCGGCAGCACCACAGAUGAACACGCAGUGGAACCUAUCCCAACCCUUGUUCAAAGUGUGAUCGACCAUCUUCUUCAAUGGCGCCUGAUUCCUGAAUACAAACGACCAAAUGGCUGUGUGAUCAACUUCUUCGACGAGGACGAACACUCUCAGCCAUUCCAGAAACCACCUCACGUGGAUCAACCCAUAUCCACUCUUGUUUUGUCUGAAUCAACCAUGGUGUUUGGGCACAGGCUCGGGGUCGAUAACGAUGGAAACUUCAGGGGCUCACUCACUCUCCCACUAAAGGAAGGGUCGUUGCUGGUGAUGAGGGGUAACAGCGCAGAUAUGGCUAGGCAUGUAAUGUGUCCCUCGCCCAACAAAAGAGUCGCAAUCACCUUCUUCAAACUCAAACCGGACUCCGGCAAGGUCCAGCCGCCGCCCAUCACGAACCCCGUCACCCUAUGGCGACCAGGCACCCCAGCUCCUCCGGCCUGCGGCAUGGUCAGAGCUCCAUUGGUGAUGCUAGCUCCGGCUACCAAGAGGCUAGAAGCGGGCACUGGAGUUUUCUUGCCGUGGACACCGCCUGUGUCAAGAAAACCAGCAAAGCAUCUCCCCCCGCGCGUCCAGAGGCUGCGUCUCCUGUCAUCAAUGAAGUCGGUGGCAGAUCGUGAAUCCUCGUCCCCGGAGAUAGGAGUGAGCUGAGUUGGAAAAUGUCACGCACGGAAUCUCUCUUUCUUUUUCUGUUUUACGAGUCUUUUUGGCUUCCUUGGUUGGCUACUUGAGAGUUUCGUUGGUUUUUCUUUGUUUAUUUUUUCCUAACAUUUUUCUUUCCUUUUUUUAUUUGCAAAAAUUUAAUAGAUUGAAGAUUUUAGGGUAUUAUGAUGUUACAACGACAGAAAUACAUAGCUUCUCACUGGCUCAA